AUUAUGGAAAAUUAAAAUAGACUUCAGAGAAGAUUAUCAAGAAGAAUUUCUUCAUUUAAUAGAAAUGAUUCUUUCUAAUAACUUUAUAGACCUGAAUUUGGAUCAUAAAACCAACUUAAUUAAAACGAAAAAAUGUGGAAUCUUAUGAACUAAUAUAUAGCAUCAGAUAAAAACACUAUUCAAUAAUAAAUAGUAAAUCAUGUUGAAUAUACAUUAGCUAAAACAAGAUUUGACUUUUCUACUUUUCAUGCAUAUCAAGCUGUUGCUCAUUCUGUGAGAGAUAGAUUAAUUGAAGCAUUUAAUGAUACAUGUUAAUAUUUCACAAAUAACGAUGUUAAACGUGUAUAUUAUCUUUCAAUUGAAUUUUUAAUUGGUCGUUAUCUUCAAAACGCUUUAGUAAAUCUUGAUUUAGAAGAAAAUUACAGAGAAGCCCUCCUCGAAUUAGGAUAUAAUUUAGAAUAAGUUUACGAAGAAGAGGUUGAUCCUGCUUUAGGAAAUGGUGGAUUAGGUCGUUUGGCUGCUUGUUUCUUAGACUCUAUGGCUACUUUAAACCUACCUGCUUGGGGUUAUGGUAUUAGAUAUAGCUAUGGUAUUUUCAGAUAGGUUAUCAGUAAAGAAGGCUGUUAGGUUGAGGUUCCUGAUUAUUGGCUCGAUAAUGGAAACCCUUGGGAAAUCGAAAGAUUAGAUGUUAGCUAUCCUGUUAAGUUUUAUGGGCAUGUUAGAAAGGUACAUGAAAAUGGAAAAGAAAAAAAUUAUUGGGAAUCGAGUGUGACAAUACUAGCUAGAGCUUAUGAUAACCCUAUUCCAGGUUAUAAUACUUUUAAUACUAUUAAUUUACGUUUAUUUAGAAGUUUACCUGCAAAUGAAUUUGAUUUCAGUUCUUUUAAUUAAGGAGAUUACUUUAAAGCUUUAGAAGAAAGAGAAAGAGCCGAAUGUAUAACUUCUGUUUUAUAUCCAAAUGAUUCUACCUAUGGUGGUAAAGAACUUCGUUUAAAAUAAUAAUAUUUAUUGGUCUGUGCCACAAUUUAAGAUAUAAUUAGAAGAUUCAAAAAAUAAAAAAGAGAUUGGAAAGAAUGGCCUGAAAAAGUAGCUUGCUAAUUAAAUGAUACACAUCCUUCUUUGGCUAUAGUUGAGCUUUUGAGGGUCCUUAUUGAUAUUGAAAAUUUACCUAUUGAAUUCGCUUGGGAAUUGGUUUAUAAGAGCUUUUCUUAUACUAAUCAUACAAUUUUGCCUGAAGCUUUAGAAAAAUGGGGAAUAGAUUUAUUAGGAAAUUUAUUGCCUAGGCAUUUAUAAAUUAUUUAUAUUAUUAAUUAGAUUUUCUUAGAAAAAGUUAUUAAAAAAUUCCCUAAUGAUAGUGCUAAAUUAUCUGCUUUAUCGAUUGUUGAAGAAAGUAAUCCUAAAAGAAUUAGAAUGGCUAAUUUAAGUAUUAUAGGAUCACACGCAGUUAAUGGUGUAGCUGAAAUUCAUUCAAUGCUUUUAAAAACAAGGCUUUUUUCGACUUUUUAUGAAUUAAGACCUGCUAAAUUCUAAAACAAAACCAAUGGUGUAACUCCUAGAAGAUGGAUCAAAUGUUGUAACCCAUAAUUAGCUAAAUUAUACACUGAAAGAUUAGGAGAUGAUAGUUGGGUGACUGAUUUGACUUUGGUUUAAGAAUUAGAAAAAUAUGCCGCUGAUCAAGAUUUCUAACAAGAAUGGUAAUAAAUCAAAUUAAAUAACAAACAAAAAUUAGUAAAUUGGGUUAAAUAAAAUUGUGAUAUAGACAUUAAUAUUAAUUCGAUAUUCGAUAUUUAAGUUAAAAGAAUUCAUGAAUAUAAAAGAUAAUUUAUGAAUAUUUUAUAUGUUAUUCAUCGUUAUCUUGAAAUUAAAAAAACUCCUGCUAAUGAACGUGCUCAAAAAUUCUACCCUCGUACUGUUAUGUUUGGAGGUAAAGCUGCUCCUGGAUAUAUUAAUGCAAAGAGAAUAAUUAAAUUAGUUAAUUAAGUGGCAUAAAAAGUUAAUAAUGAUGCAGAUGUAAACGAAUAUUUGAAAUUAGUUUAUUUACCAAAUUAUAAUGUAUCUAAUGCCUAAAUUAUAAUUCCUGCUAGUGAAUUAAGUUAACAUAUAUCAACUGCUGGUUUAGAAGCUUCAGGAACUUCAAACAUGAAAUUUGUUAUGAAUGGUUGCAUAAUUAUAGGUACUAUGGAUGGUGCUAAUGUCGAAAUUGCCGAAGAAGUCUAGAAAGAAAAUAUGUUCAUUUUUGGAGCAUUAGUGGACAAAGUUGAUGGUUUACUACAUCAUAUGUAAAAUACUAAUCCAACAAAUUAUUUCCCUCAUGAAUUAUUAGAAGUCUUUAAAGUUAUUGAUGAAGGAAUGUUUGGAGCUUAAGAUGAAUUAAGUUAACUAAUCGAUACUAUAAGAAACAAAAACGAUUGGUAUUUAAUUGGGCAUGAUUUCUCUUCCUAUAAAGAAGUCUAAAAACAAGUUGAUUAAGUCUACAAAAAUAAAUUUGAAUGGACUAAAAGAUCUAUUUAUAAUGCUGUUCGAUCUCAUAAGUUCUCUUCUGAUAGGACUAUUGAAUAGUAUGCUGAAGAAAUAUGGAAUGUCAAACAAUUUGAAAUACCUAAUCCUUCAAAUAAUGCAUAGGAAAGGGUCAAAAGUUAUAGUUUUAAAUAAAGACCUCAGUAAACAUUAAUUCAAGAAAGAAUUUGA